AUCAUGGAGGACACUCAGGCUAUUAACUGGGAGGCUGAAGAAGAGGAAGAGACAGAGAGGCCCAGUGAAUCCUUGGGGUGUAUCUUGGAGCCCUUAGGACGACUGCAUAUUUUUAGUAGUGCCCACGGACCAGAAAAAGAUUUCCCACUCUACCUCGGAAAGAAUGUAGUAGGCCGAAUGCCUGAUUGCUCGGUGGCCCUGCCCUUUCCAUCCAUCUCCAAACAACAUGCAGUGAUUGAAAUCUUGGCCCGGGACAAGGCACCUGUCCUACGGGAUUGUGGGAGCCUCAAUGGUACUAAAAUCCUGAGGCCUCCUAAGGUCCUGAGCCCUGGGGUGAAUCAUCAUCUGAGGGACCAGGACUUGGUUGUCUUUGCUGACUUGCCCGGCCAAUACCAUCGCCUGGAUGUACCCUUGCCCUUUGUCUCCCGUGGCCAUCUAACUGUAGAGGAGACACCCAGGGUACAGGGAGGAACUCAACCCCAGGGGCUCCUGUUGGCUGAGGACUCGGAAGAGGAAAUAGAUCCUCUUUCUGAAAGGUGUGUGGUGAAAGAACCAAGGACCACGUCCUCCCCUAUAGCAACAGUAAUUCCAGAGAGUGAUGAAGAGGGGCCUUCCCCUGCCCCAGAUGGCCCUGGGCCACCUUUGGCCUUCAACUUGGACAGUGACACAGAUGAGGAAGAAAGUCAGCAGCCAGCAGCCGGGGAGGCCUCCUCAGCUGCCUCCUCAGCUGCCACUGCAAAGACAGAACAGCCUAAAGCUGCCGUAACUGAAAUCCAGCUUAAAAAGGAUCAGUGUUCAGUGAAGGAGGGAAACAAUGACACAAAAGUCAAGAGGGAUGAAAGGAAUGGGGUGGUCCCAGUUGGGGUGAUUCUAGAGAGGAGCCAACCUACUGGGGAGGACAGUGAGACAGAUGUGGAUGAUGAGAGCAGGCCUCCGGGAAGGACAGCAGAGGUCCAUCUGGAAAAAGCCCAGCCCUCUGGCUCCACAGACAGUGAUACUGACGUGGAAGAAGAGGGGGUUCCCGCGACCCCAGCUGUGGUUCCUAUGAAGAAGAGACAAAUGUUCCACGGAAUUGGUGCAAAGAGUCCUGGGGGACCUGGCCUGGCACAUCUUCAAGAGAGCCCGGCUGGUAGUGAUACAGAUGUGGAGGAGGGUGCAGCCCCACUGAUGGCCCCUCUGGAGAGAAGCCGAGGCCCCAUGGUGAUCCACAGCAAUAUGGAUGACGAGGAAGAAGUCUCAGCAGCGCUCACUUUGGCGUGUCUGAAAGAGAGCCAUGCCUCUGUGUGGAACAGAGAUACAGAUGUGGAAGAGGCCAGGGCCAGGCCUGUGGCCCUCCUGGAGCGAAGCCAUACUUCUGCUGGGACAGACAGUGACACUGAUGUGGAGGAGGAAAAGAGAGAAUCUGUUCCCAAGGGUCACACAGACAAAGCACAUUCAGACAAGAGCCAACCUCAUUUCAGGGACUGUGACAUAGAGAUGGCGGAAGAUAAGAGCUCCCCUGAAGUCCACCUGGAGAGAAGCCACGCCUCCACCACAGUGGACAUGAACACACAAGUGGAAGAGGAAGUCCCACCAGAGCCAGCUGUCACGCUGUGGGAGAAGCAUCCAACACAUGUGGAAGCAGAAGGGGGCCCAGCAAAGCUGCCUGGGGGACAUCUAGAGGAAGUCCAGCCUCCUCCAGGUGGGAACUGUGAAACUGCUGAGGGGGGUAUAUCCUUAGCAGCUCCAGCAGUGGCAGGUACAGGACAGGGUCAGCCAGCAGAAGGGAUGUUGGGACGGAAUGGGCUGCAGGAGAGCUCGGAGGCAGGGCCAGGGUGGUUAUCUGUAGCACAAGUGGGGCAGGACCUCCUCCCUGUCUCGAGAGAGAACCUAACAGGUGUGGUGGUUGACACAGGCACUCCAGGGGAACCCACCCAGCUGCAGAGAAAGGGAGCCCAGCCCCCCACAGAAAAUGGGAGAGACCCACAUGUGGACAUGAUCAGAGACUCUGGAGACAACUGUGAUGAUUCUAAAGAUCUGGACCUACAAGCUACCCAGUGCUUUGUGGAGACAGAGAAUCAGAGCCUGAAAGCAGUGCAGAGCAUGGAGGAUGAACCCACCCAGGCUGUCGUACCCCAGGAGCCUGGCCCUUCGUAUUGCCGCUCCCAGGACCCAGGCGCCCUGGAUGAGCCAUGGGAGAUCUUGCCUACACAGCCAUUCUGCCCAAAGGAGUCAGAGGCCUCUGAGACCCAGCCCAUUGCUGCCCACCUUGAGGCCCUUGGAUCUUGCCCCUCUCCACUUAGGGCACCUCCUCGAAACCAGCAUCCAGAAAGCCCAGUUCACACAGAGCCAUUGAGGAUUCAAGGCAGAGGGAUGCAGAGUGUGGAGAAAGGCCACUUGAACUACAAGAUGCCACCUGCUGAGAAGGCGUCUAGGGGUGAUCCAGAACCCCUAGGUGCUUAUCUGCCUCCGACAGGACCUGAAGCCGCAGCCCCACUCCCAGACCUUCUCAUUUCUCAGAGCCAAAAACAUCCUGCACCUCAGCCCCUCUUUUCUCCCUCUCCACCUUUACAGCCACCCAUUCCCAGGACCAGGCAAAAGAGGGGUCAGGAAGCUCCAGAGACUCCCUUGUCCUCAGAGCUGGACCCACUCCAUGCAAAACCCAAAGUCAGGCCCCGAGGAUCCUCCAGGAUGACACCCUCUCCAGUUUCUUCUAUAGCCUUGGAGCCCCACCCCACCACCCCCACAGACCAGCCCGUCAGCCCUGAGCCCAUAUCUUGGGCCACUCGGAGAAGGACACAUAGGUCCCCUGCACCAGUUGUCCUCACAGCCCCUGAGCUGCAGUCUUCCACCGCCAAAGACCAGCCUGUCACUCCCAAAAAUACAUCUCGGGGCAGGACACAUAGAUCUUCUGUCAAGACACCUGUCACCCCCAAACCCAUAUCUCGGGGCAGGACACGUAGGUCCCCUGUGAAGAUCCCUGAACCAAUUGUCCCCACAGCCCCUGAGCUCCAGCCUUCCACCCUUACAGACCAGCUUGUCACCCCCAAACCCACAUCUCGGGCCACUCGGGGCAGGACACAUAGAUCUUCUGUCAAGACACCUGUCACCCCCAAACCCAUAUCUCGGGGCAGGACACGUAGGUCCCCUGUGAAGAUCCCUGAGCCAAUUGUCCCCACAGCCCCUGAGUCCCAGCCUUCCACCCUUACAGACCAGCUUGUCACCCCCAAACCCACAUCUCGGGCCAGUCGGGGCAGGACACACAGGACCUCUGUCAAGACCGACCAACCAAUUGAAUCCGCAGCCCCUGACCUUGAACCUCCCACUCCCACAGACCAGCCUAUCCCCCCUGAGCCCACCCCUCAAGCCAAUUGUAGCAGGAGGCCAAGGGCCACUAGGAAGCAUGGGUUCCUUGCAGCUCCCAUUGUCCACAACCCUUGCUCUGCACCCCCUGAACCUGACUCCCAUUCCUCAAGGACCCGCAGGCGAGGAGCAGUGAGAGCAGCUGAGUCCCUUAGGACCCUUCCUGAGCCUGCCUUUGCCCAGCUUCCUGGGGCUGCCACUCGUGCUCCUCAGAUCCAAAAGGUAGAAGCAGCAGGUAGAUACAGGUCCACUCCAGAGCCCCAGUCUAAGGCCUCUCAAAACCACAAGAGGCCUUUAGGGAAUGUGGAUUCACCCCCACUUCAGAAACGGCUCCAAAGAGGGGACAUCCCCCAGAAGACAGAAUCCCUCAAGAAAGAGAAUGAAGUGAUCCCAAGACCAGGCAAGAGAAAGAGAGACCAGGCUGAGGAAGAGCCCAAGGGAAUGCCUAGCCGCAGCCUCCGACGGAGCAAACCUAACCACGAGUCCACAGCCCCCAAAGUGCUCUUCACAGGAGUGGUGGAUGCCCGUGGAGAGCGGGCAGUGCUGGCCCUGGGGGGAAGUCUUGCCAGCUCAGUGGCAGAGGCGUCCUACCUGGUGACUGAUCGAAUCCGCCGGACAGUCAAGUUCCUGUGUGCCCUGGGGCGGGGAAUCCCUAUCCUUUCCCUGGAGUGGCUGCACCAGUCCCGCAGGGCCGGUCGCUUCUUGCCCCCAGAUGACUAUGUGGUGACUGACCCUGAGCAGGAGAAAAACUUUGGCUUCAGCCUCCGAGAUGCCCUGAGCCGCGCUCGGGAACGAAGGCUGCUGGAGGGCUAUGAGAUUCAUGUGACCCCUGGAGUCCAGCCUCCUCCAGCUCAGAUGGGAGAGAUCAUCAGCUGCUGUGGAGGCACUGUCCUAGCCAGCAUGCCCCGCUCCUAUAAGCCUCAGAGAGUUGUGGUCACGUGCUCCGAAGACGCCCCUCGAUGCUCCAUUCCAUGUCGGGUCGGGCUGCCGGUCCUCUCACCUGAGUUCCUGCUGACAGGGGUGCUGAAGCAGGAAGCCAAGCCAGAGGCCUUUGUCCUCUCCACGUUGGAAAUGUCAUCCACCUGAAAACCCCACCCCAGACCAAUAAAAGGAUUAGAAAAUAUUUGGGAGAAAAAACUUAGGGCUUUGAAAAGGAGUGGGGUGUACUGAUAGGAGGCUUAUGGGAAAACAAAGAUAGGGAGAUUGGGAGCCACAGGUUUUCUUAAAUGGCCAUUUAAAGUAGGCUAACCUCGUGCUCAGAUGUCGUUAGUGGUUCUCAUCUCUAGCUGAACUGAUGUACUUACUUCUUGGUGGUACACACAGCGUCCUGCCUCCCAUUUGGAAGCCAUCUCGCUUCCUCUUUAAUUAUUGGGGUUCUUAAUUAUCCUCCAAAAGAUAGUGGAAACAAUUUUGGUGUCAGGAACUUGAAGGAUGUGAGUAAAGUUGAGGGUGGAGUGAUGGAAUGCUACUAAAAUAUUUUCCUCUCUCCUGGCCCGAUCUUGUUAGAAGCAUCCUUUAGCUUUGACUUUGAGUAAGUCUUUGCACUUUUCUGGCCUGCUUUUCCAGUAUUUAUAAAAUUAGAGCUUAGGCUUAACCUCUAUGAUAAAUAAAUAUUCAUUCUGUGCCUUAUGGUGUAGUGCAGUUUUUUUAAUAUGUUUUUUAUAUAUAACAUUUCUUAAAUUUAGGUUUUAAAAGUUGGUUGAGGGGCGGACGGGUGGCUCAGUUGGUUGGAGCACGUCCUCUCAACCACAAGAUUGCUGGUUCAACUCCUCGACUCCCGCAAGGGAUGGUGGGCUGCACCCCACGCAACUAACAACGGCAACUGGAC